AUAAUACUUAGCAGCAAAUGGAUUACAAUAUGAAAUUCGUAGAAUUAUUGAAGAAGCAUGAGAAUCAUCAGAUGAUACUUCAGGUGGCAUUGGAUGUGAUGCUUCAAGAGAAAAAUUACAAAAGCCAACUUGUCAAGUAUAGAGAUGGAUUGAGAAGAGAUGAUAAAAUUUUAGUCACCAAAUGCACAAAAGCCUUAAAAGAAUUGGCUAUGAGAUCAUAGCAAGAUUAAGUUAAAGCGUUGGAGAAAAUAAGUAAAAUCGAUCAAUAGAUUAUGCUUUAUCUAAAGGAUUAAGUAUUACCUAUCAUUCACUUCGAUAGAAAGUUAAACAAUUACACUUUCAUAAAGUACUACACUGAUCCAGGUAUGAUAUUCAUGUGUUAAUAAAGAAAAUUCAAUCAAUCCUUAAGAAACCAUCAUUGAGACACUAUACAAAGAAAAUACAAAUCUAGAAUCUUUCGAGGCUGAUUUUUCCAAGUUAGAGUGGAAAUUGGAGAUUACUCUAUCUAGCAUCAAGAUGAGAAAAGUAAUCUUUUAUAUUGAGUCAUAAUUAGGUCAUUCGACCAUUGAUUCUGUUAAUAUUCCAUACAAAAAAAGGAGUGAAGAAAACCAUGUACUUAGAUUACAAUCAAUUCUAAGAGUUCAGAAAGAAUGUUGCCUUAGUCUUAAGAUAAAUCCAUAUUAUUGAGAGUAUUUAAAGUAAUUUUUGA